AAGCCGUCCUCCUGCUACGCCCUGCUCAUCCUCCAUAUUUCCAAUGACAUGAUCACAGCAGUCAACCAAGCCGGGACACAGCUGAAGUUAGAGGAAAUGGAGGACCAGAGAUUAAGAGACGAGGGACCAGAAGUGGAACUGAUGGACGUGAAAGUGGAUGUACAAUCUGAUGAUCUGAGUUCCACCCACAGUGACACAAGGCCUCUGAUUCACGACAGAGAUCCCAAAGGAAUCAACAAGAGUCUUAAGGUCACGUUUGAGGAUGUGAUUGCAGAGCCUCCCUCGGUGCGGAGCUUUGAUAAAGUGUGGUUGUGGAGUCAUGCCCUGUUUGAGGUGUCCAGGCUGUGGAUGUACCGCUUCAUCUCCCUCUUCCUGGCAGUGCCGGUCGCAAUGGCAGCAGGGAUUCUCUUCGCUGUGCUCAGCUGCCUUCACAUCUGGUUAAUCAUGCCUUGUGUGCAGCUGCUUCUCAUCAACAUGCACUGGGUUCAGACUGUGUGGGGCAGCAUACUGAACAUUCUCAUCGGACCCUUCUUUACCAGUGUUGGAAAGUGUUGUGGUAGAAUCUCCAUCCAUCUGGCAAAAGAUGAAGACAGAUAGAAAAUCACACUGUGUGUUGAUGUUUUGGCAAAACAGGGGAAAAGCAAAUGGUAACAGACUGCACACUGAUUCCAUAAAGAUUUAAUAUGCAUCAUAAUUGCCUGUGAUUACACUGUGUUAUUGCUCACCUGGCAUGAUGUUUGGCGUGCUGUAUGUACCUGAACAAGCAUGUGUUGGUAGCAAAUGUGGGGUAAAUGGUACUAAAACUAUUUAAUGCACAAUUACAAAAACAAAUAGCAAUUACAUGUAUAAAACAUUGCAAUUCAAUUAGAAAAUGAUCUGUAUAUAAACCCAGACAGAAAGCAGAGGAAGCAACCAUCUCCCAGCACUGCUGAUAAAGUAUAGAGCCACUUAACAGUCUCUGAAUGAAGAAGUGGACUUAAGUUAUCUUUGAGGCUAAACUUUUGCAUUAAUCAUAUUAAUAUUGAAUAUUGUAAUGGCAUCGUAAAUAGGUUGAAUGAAAUCACAUUUGUGAAUGUCAAUAAAUAAUUUGUCUUUCUUUGUUGCAAUGUACUGUUGAGUUUUGUAGAUAAGGUGGACACAAUUUUUUGGUUAAAUUCCAAUUUUAAAUGUUGGACUUUAAAAAGACUGUCACAAAGAGAGCAAAAAAUAAAGUCAAUCAAUUGGG